AUGUUACGAGAUGAUACAAAUUAUUCACAAGUACAAAAAACACCUGAUUAUAGAUUAAUUUCAAAUCCAUUUGAUCCACCAACAUCAGUUCAUCUUAAACAAAGACUUGCUAGUUUUAGUAUUUUUAAUGAUCAACAAGAAAAUAAAUCUGUUGUUGAUGUCCUAUCAAUUGAACGUCGUGCUCAAGUAUAUCCACAUCCGUUAAGUGAACAUAUUGUUCAAAUAGAUACAUCUCUUUUUAAUCAAGAAAUGCGUGAUCGAUAUCAACGAGCAUCAGAUCAUUUUUGUCAUACACAACUUGAUUUACCUACACCUAUAACAACAAAUGAAAUUCCAAAAACAAAAAAUCAAUCAUGGUCAAAUAGUUCAUCAACAAGUUUAAAUUCUUUGCUUGAUCAAACUCGAACGACUAGACAUAUGGGUUGUCAAACACGUCUUUCUCUGCCACCAGCAGCUGAUCUUGAUUCAUUAAUACAAAGUUUUGCUUCGAAUAGUGAUCAAGAUGAUCCACCUAUUGCUAUUUCAAAUUCAUCAUUAAAUAUUUCUCAAAUACGACGAAAACUAUUUUCUGAUGAAGAUGAUUUACUUGAUGAAACACCACCAAUAGUACCACAUCGACGUUCAUCUUCAUUCGAUCCUGCACAACGUUCAUCAAGUCCGAGUCAACAACAAUAUCGAGAAAAUCAUCUAUCCCGACAUAAAAAACCAAUAACACCUGAUUGUUCACCAAUACCAUUGAAAACUUCAACGAAUUCGACGAAAAAUUCUCGACAAGAAUUUAUUGCACUUACUCCGGAAUCAGAAGCUGUUGUAAUGACUUCUGGAUCUCGUCCAACACGUUAUGUAUCACAUCUUUCAUCCUCCGUUACCAAUAUGUCUAUUGGUUCGCCUUUUAUACAUCCACCUCAAAUGCCUAGUGAUUAUGCUCGACAAAUACUUGAUAAUGCACUUGCUGAUCUAAUGGAAUGCUCAAUGUGA